AUGACUGACUCUGAUAGUCAAUCUAUAUGUUCAGAUUUAAAUAUAUCAGAAUCAGAGGGAAAUACAACCGAAAUGCAGAACCCAACCUCUCAGGUUGUUGAACACGACGGCGAACAGUCUACCAAUGAAAGCAGAUUUGAGCUGGAAUCGCUGGACAUUUUUUCACAGCAUUCAAGUGAUAAAGAUGAUAAAGAUCAAGGUGAAAAUAAAGAUCAAAGCGAAGCUCCUUCAAACUUACGUAGACUUUUCGUCACGGAGAAAGGAAGUCUGAAAUGGCGAAGCGAUUAUGAGGGCCUUUGUCAUGUUGUUGAACAGCUACAACUACAGCCAGGGAAGUGGACUACACCGAGGGGACAGUGUAAACAAUUUGAGAACAGCGAUGUUGUAAUAUGCUGGUACAUAAACUCUGGAACUUUAACGAUAAAAGGGAAUAAGGCAAAAGAAAUUAAAGAAAAACUUUUAUAUUUCGACAGUAAUUCGAGCGACAAAGUCAUCACAGAUUCGGUUAGUUCAAAGUACAGUAAUUUGCAUUCCACUCUCAAGUCACAAGAUAGUAAUUUACAUAUUAGUUCACGAAACAGUCUCCUGAAUAAUGAAACACUACGAUCUAAUAUGUAUAAUCCCUCCGUUAAUCCGAAUGAAACAAAUUACACACAUAACUCGGAAAUUCAUGAAAUUAAAUCUAACAUGGAGUGUUUUGCCAAUUCUGUUAACCGAAAAUUAGAGGUCAUUAGCAAUGAAAUAUCUAGCAUCAAAGAGUUUAAAGCUUACUCUAUACUGUCAUCAGAAGAAGUCGUUAGUGAUUUGAAAAAGGAAAAGCUGGUGCUGAGCAACAAGAAUGAUAAAUUAGAAAAAGAAAAUAAAGAUUGA